AUGUUUUGUUCAUCAAAUGAAACAUCAGCUAGUGGUGGAAUGAUUGUUUGGGCUGAAAAUGGUUUUACAUUAUGUUUUUUUGAUACUCUUACAACAUCGAUUUUAUUUGGUUUCAUAUUUAUUUUCGGCUUAAUCCAAUACAUUUAUUAUAAACGUUAUGGAUUUAAAAUUGAACGUGAAUAUGUUGAUGCAUCAGUUUUAUAUGUUAUUCAAGUUAUAUUAACAAUUCUCUUAGCAUGUGAACCAAUAUUAUUAUAUGCAACUGAAUCAACAGCGUUUGGAAAAACUAAAAUUCCAGGUUAUACAAUAUUUCGUUGUGUUCUUCGUACAAUUGCUUGGUUACUUGCACUAUUAAUACUUCGUGUUGAACGAAGUAAAAGAACACCAACAUCUCAAACACGUGGUCAUGGUCUAACAAUACUUACGUUUUGGUGUAUAUCUGUUUUAAUUGAACUAUUUACAAUAAUAUCUUAUCGUUCACCAUUAUGGUUCAUUCAACCAAUAGUUCGAGGUGGUUCACCAAUUGAAGAAAUUGAUAUAAUUCGUUUUACUUAUUGGAUAUUUCGAUUAAUUUCAACAAUAUUAAUAUUUUGUAUUGGUCUUCGUGCACCUGGUGUACCACAACGACGUUAUGCUGUUUUGUUAAAUCGUUCUCAUUCACAAAUUGAAGAAGAACGUGCGCAAGAAAAUGUUUGGGUUAAAUUUUUUCAACAUUUUAAAACUUUAGCGCCAUAUAUUUGGCCAAGUGGACAUUGGGGAUUACAAAUAAAUAUUUUUAUUUGCAUUUUAAUUGUUCUAGCUGGUCGAUUACUUUCAUUAGAAGUACCAAGAUAUACAAAAUUAAUUACUGAUGAAUUAAUUCAAUCGAGUAAUAGUACAACUGAUACAUUGUUAAAUCUUGGAGCUCGAUUACGUGCACUGCAUAGUUGGCCAUGGAGAUUAGUAACUAUUUUAAUGGUUUUUCGAUUUUUACAAGGCGCUGGUGUAUUUGAUGCUGGUGCAUUAGGAAUUCUUCGAACAACAUUAUGGACAAAAAUUGAACAAUAUACAACACGAUCAUUAAAACUUCGAGUAUUUUCACAUUUGCAUCAUUUAUCAUUAAGUUGGCAUUUAACACGAAAAACUGGUGAAGUACUACGUAUUGUUGAUCGUGGUACAGAUUCAGUUGAUUCAUUACUUACUUAUGUAUUAUUUAGCAUAUUUCCAACAAUAGCUGAUAUUAUUAUUGCUAUUAUCUAUUUUGUUGUACAAUUUAAUAUUUGGUUUGGUAUAAUUGUAUUUGCAACAAUGUUUGUUUAUCUUGUAUCGACAAUUGUUAUAACAGAAUGGCGUACAAAACGGCUUGUCCACAUUGCCAAAAUGUCACAGCGUUACGCUUGGACAAGCCGAAAAUUUAAAAAAGAAAUGAAUAAAUAUGAUAAUGCUAUGAGUGGAACUGCUGUUGAUUCAUUAUUGAAUUUUGAAACUGUGAAAUACUAUGGUGCAGAACAAUAUGAAGUUACACAAUAUCAGGAUGCUAUAGAAAAAUAUCAAAAAGCUGAAUGGAUAAAUCAAUUAACAUUACAAUUAUUAAAUAUUAGUCAAGCAGUUUUAAUUGGUAUUGGUCUAACAGUUGGUUCACUUUAUUGUGCUUGGCUUGUAAAUAUUAAACAUGAAUUAACUGUUGGUGAUUACGUUUUAUAUGGUACAUAUAUACUUCAAUUAUAUACACCAUUAAACUUUUUUGGUAUAUAUUAUCGUCUUAUUCAACAAGCAUUUAUUGAUAUGGAAAAUAUGCUUGAUUUACUUGAUAAUCAACCUACUAUUGUAGAUUCACCAUUUGCUAAAGAUCUUGUUAUUACUAAUGGAAUGAUUGAAUUUGAUGAUGUUUGUUUUCAUUAUCAAGCCGAGCGACCCAUUCUUAAAAAUAUAUCAUUUAGUAUUUUACCGGGACAAACUAUGGCCAUUGUUGGACCUUCGGGAGCAGGUUAUUAA